AUGAGAGAGCACAGUGUAUCAGGAAAUGCUGGCUAUAAUGAGAGAGAGCACAGUGUAUCAGGAAAUGCUGGCUAUAAUGAGAGAGAGCACAGUGUAUCAGGAAAUGCUGGCUAUAAUGAGAGAGAGCACAGUGUAUCAGGAAAUGCUGGCUAUAAUGAGAGAGAGCACAGUGUAUCAGGAAAUGCUGGCUAUAAUGAGAGAGAGCACAGUGUAUCAGGAAAUGCUGGCUAUAAUGAGAGAGAGCACAGUGUAUCAGGAAAUGCUGGCUAUAAUGAGAGAGAGCACAGUGUAUCAGGAAAUGCUGGCUAUAAUGAGAGAGCACAGUGUAUCAGGAAAUGCUGGCUAUAA